AUGCAUUACAGGCAGAUAACAGAAGCCAACAAAAACGAAGAGGACAAUAUGCCUCAAAAUCUGCAAUGCUCGCAAACUCACCAGCGCUUACGAAGCUGCAACAUCCUACAGAGAAAUUUCUCUGAAUGCAUCCGAAACGCGCAACUCAACAAGAGCCGCGAGCAACGUGAGCGCUACAACUCGGAGGAGCGUGAUCAAGAAGUUCCUCAAAUUCCAAAGCUCCACGACAUGGGAAAGAUGACGGAGAGAUUGUCGAAUGACCUUUUAAAAUGGGCAAACCAGCUCGAACGACUUGGCGAAUUGCUAAAAGAAGACAGACCCUUAUCUGCCGGUUCUAGUCAGUUCAAUUUUCAUCAGAACCUAGUCCAGAACAACAUGGACGGUGCGAAAUACUUGGGCCAUACUUGCGAGCACCUGGUCAAGCUAACGAUACCUUUACACGAAGCGCCGCCUCGAGCUCUUUCCUCGCACCAGCCGCAGCCAAAUGCUCCUAAUCGACCCACCUAA